AGCGAGAUGCGGGAGGCGAAGCUGGAGCCCAAAGGGCGAGCAAUGGCAGCGGGCUUUGGCGCUGCUCAGCGAGAUGCGGGAGGCGAAGCUGGAGCCCGACUCAGCUAUAGCGUUGGGAUCAGCGCGUGCGAGAAAGGCGAGCAGUGGCAGCGGGCCUUCGCGCUGCUUAACGAGAUGCAGGAGGCGAAGCUGAAGCCCAACGUCAUCAGCUUCAACGCUGGGAUCAGUGCGUGUGCGAAGGGCGAGCAGUGGCAUCGGGCUCUGGCGCUGCUCAGCGGAUAUUCGGGAUGCGAAGCUGAAGCCUAACGUCAUCAGCUUCAACGCUGGGAUCAGUGCGUGCGAGAAGGGAGAGCAGUGGCAGCGGGCGCUGGCGCUGCUCAGCGAGAUGAAAGAGGCGAAGCUGGAGCCCGACCCCUGGUCAGCUACAGCGCUGGGACCAGCGCGUGCCAGAAGGGCGAGCAGUGGCAGCGG